AUGCUUCUUCUCCCCCUCCUAACUACCCUCCCUUUCCUCUCUCUUUCAUCCGCCUUACCAACCUCUUCUCUCUCAUCACCCAUCCUCCCACGUGCAGCCAGUCUCGGCGCAGAAGUGCGCUCCCAGAUCGACGUCCUCAACGCGUCUGUGAUCGAGCUGACAGCCGCCGUCAACGCUUAUGACGGCAGUCUGCUAGGCGUGAUUCCGCAAUCCCUCGCCGUCAUCAGCGCCACCGCAAAGGUAGACGGCACAACCGUCAAAACCGCGUGGCUGACGCAAUUGAGCGGCAACUUCACUGUCGAUGAAAGCCAGAGCGUCGUCACUACGCUAGCGACUUUGAUUACGCCGAUUCGGGGGAGCCUGGAGGCGCUGGGCGGGAAGUACGACGUGUUCAAGAAGACUCUGCAAGUUCCUGUUGUGCUUUUGAGUUUGAAGACAUUGAAGAAGCAUACCGCGGACUUGGUGGAAGCGUUGGGGGAGAAGGUCACUCCGGAUUGGGCUGCUAUUUUGGCGUUUGGCGCUCCGCUUUUGGAUGCGUCUUUUGACGAGGCGAUUGCGAUAUACAGUGCUUAA